UUUUCUGUUAAUUUUUAAUUCUUUGUGCUCCAAGAAAAUUGAGGAAUUGGGAGAGAAAGCAUGGAGGAAGAUGGGUUACUUCCAAGUUCUAGUCUUUUAGCACCAAAUCCUCGCAUGAUUAGUGAAGUUGACUUGAUAGACAGUGACUCUUCAGUUACAUUUGUGGUAAUUUUCGGCACCAUGGUUGCUGUCUGCGGGUCAUUUUGUUUAGGUUGCUCUACAGGAUUUUCGUCCCCUGCUGAAUCUGGAAUCAAGGAGGACCUGGGCCUCUCUACCGCAGCAUACUCAGUAUUUGGUUCAAUACUUACAGUUGGAGGAAUCAUAGGUUCAUUAAUUAACGGGAAGGUAACAGAUCUCAUUGGCCGAAGAGGUACUAUGUGGUUAUCUGAAUUAUUUUGCAUAAUUGGAUGGUUCUCAAUAGCAUUCUCCAAGGGUGCUUGGUCUCUUGAUCUUGGAAGACUCUCACUGGGAAUUGGAAUUGGUCUAAUUAUGUAUGUUGUACCAGUGUAUAUAGCAGAAAUAACACCUAAGAAUAUCAGAGGAAGUUUUACAACUGCAAAUCAGUUCAUGAUAUGUUCUGGCAUAUCACUGAUGUUUUUGCUUGGAACUGUUGUUUCUUGGCGCACCUUAGCCAUAAUUGCUGCUGUUCCAUGCAUAAUCCAAGUUUUUGCAUUAUUCUUUAUUCCAGAAUCACCUAGAUGGCUGGCUAAGAUUGGUCGAGAGAAGGAGCUAGAAGCUACUCUACAGCGUCUAAGGGGAAAGAAUGUUGAUAUUUCCCAAGAAGCAGCAGAUAUCAGAGAUUACACGGAAACAUUUCAGGGGACUUCAGAAUAUAGAUUUCUGGACUUGUUCCAGAGAAGAUAUGCUGAUUCACUUUGUGUAGGAGUAGGGCUGAUGGUUUUCCAACAAAUGGGAGGGACCAACGCCAUUGCUUACUAUGCCAGCUCUAUAUUUGAAGAAGCUGGUUUUUCAAGUGAUAUUGGAACUAUUUCAAUGGCUAUCAUUCACAUUCCAGCUAUUGCUGUGUCAGUACUCUUAGCAGAUAAAUGGGGAAGACGCCCACUGCUUUUGGUUUCUACUGCUGGAAUGUGCUUGAGUACCUUCCUUGUUGGAUUAGCAUUUUUGCUGCAAAACUCGUCUACUUCCAUUCUGGUCUACAUUGGCAUACAGACAGUCACUGGCAUGGCAAUGUUGAAUUUUAUCUUUCACUUGUCACUUGAACCUGAAAAGGAUUAUAAGAACAAGGACUUAGUAGCUGAUGAUCUUCCUCCACCUCUAGCUAAUGCCCUUGAAAAGAGAACUGGUUUCAGUGUUGCUUUCAACUUAGGCAUGGCGGGCUUAGUAUGGGUUGUGAUGUCAGAGAUAUAUCCGAUCAAUAUCAAGGGUUCAGCUGGAAGCCUAUCAACUUUAGUCAAUUGGUCAAUGUCUUGGCUUGUUUCAUACACCUUCAAUUUUAUGGCUGAAUGGAGCGAAGGAGGUACAUUUUUCAUAUACUCGGCCAUGUGCUGUCUGGGUGUUUUAUUCAUCGCAAAGCUAGUUCCAGAGACUAAAGGGCGAACUUCCGGGAAGGAAGUCAUGAGUGGCACUAGGGUAUAACGAUUACGGUGUGUUUGGUUGUUUUACAUUCCAUAGUCUUAGUGGGAAAGUCAUUUUAUUGAUUUUGGCAGUGGCAAGAGGCAACAGUUACUGGGAUAGCAAUGUAGAAGUUUCCUUUCCACUUGACCCUUGGAAGGAACGAGGACUUAGUAGCUGAUGAUCUUGAUCGCACUUAUCUCUUUAGUUAAUCCUCAUUUAGCCUAGGUUUUUAUGAUGUAAUAUUGUAAUAUGAAUCCGUGCUGCACUGUUUCAGGGUUUUAGUGUCGCUUAUGGCCUAGGCAUGGCAGGUUUAGCAUCGGUUGUGAUGUCAGAGUUUGUAUCUCUACCAUAUACUGUUUCAAAGUUUGAGAAAAUCAGUACAAACAUGAUGAAUAACUAUUCAGCUUCCAU